GAGUAGUUAAGGCGGGGAUCUACGGACAAGGAUUCCCCUGCGGAGUAUGCAACCUGCACAACGCAACGCGUGUUCGCGAGACUGGUACAGGGUUGGGAAUGCCAUGGGCGGGGUGAGGAGGGGGAAUAGUUCGCGACGUGACGUUGUGAGGGUUGAUUUUUUUAAUUAAUUAAUAAUCAAUCAGUGUACCUAUGUUUAAUUAAUUUGAUUAAUUUCAACGAUUAAAAAUAAUUACGUAUGUCUAGUUGUAUGGUUGGUACACUGGCUACAUGCGAGUAUUGCAAAUUAUAUAUGACCCCCCCCCCCCCUCCCCCUUCGUUCUCGACCACUGUGAAAUGCUGUGUAGGUAUAACUUUAUUCUCACGAGUCUUUUUGGGAAAGAUUUGACUCUGCCACACACAUAGCCAUAGACAUACGCGUAUUUGCGAAAAUCCACCCUAUUAUUUGUUCUAAGAGUCUUUAAUGCUUUUUUUUUACAGGCACGACUCUGUGACGCGCAUAUACUCGUACAUGCCAAAAUGCAAAGUGAAAUUUUUUCCCACAAAGCUGUAGCAUUUUUUUAAAGACUUAACAGGAUCGCACAUACAAUGAGAUACUUACAAAGUACCGUUUUUAUCUGUCUAUGUAUCUUAAGUGCUUUCUAAUAAGGUUUGAAAAAUAAAAGGAUGGCGUCUUAAAAAUCUUUUGACAAAAUUAAGAGAGUUAAUGGGAAAGAAAAAAUAAUGUGAGAACAAGAACGAAAAUAGGUAUAUUCAACAAUACAAAUUAUACAUUUCUAAAGACCAGACAUUUAGCUGGAAAUAAGAAUUAAACAUGUCUGGACAAAUCAUCCAAAUGAAAAAGACAUUAACUACAAUCGCCAAUAUAGUUACAAAUGUGUGGUAGGUAGACCACUUUGCAAAAAUUAGGCAUAGAAAAUUCUCGAAAAUGUUAGAAAUCGUGGGAAAAGAUGUGUAAAAGGUUUCCAGGUUCGAAGUGUAGGUGUAGGGGAUAGAAGAUACCAAAAUUAAGGGUAGGAAAAAGAGAAAUUACGAAUAUAUAAGAAAGUAGAUGGUUGGUGAAGAGAUCAGUUGUCUUUUGAUUUUUCAAGUGGAUAUUUUGCAACUAAGUACAUAUCACAUACAAAAAUAGUGCUUGUGUGUGUUUUUUUUUUUUGGUGCUCAAAUCCGAACCUUGAUAGUAGAUACUGUGAUUUUUUUCUAGUUUUUUUUCUGAAUAAAAUCGGAAUAAACUGAACAAUUAUUUUUCGAAGUUUUUUUUUAAAUUUUCAAAAAUAAAAUGGAAAAUUCCGAGAAUUUGAGUGGUUUGGAGCUCCCAGUAGACGAAGAUGAGAUGUUUAAUAUGUUACUUGAUGCAAUACCGAAUUCACCACCAGAUAUUUCAACAGCUGAAAUCGAUCAGAUAUUGCCUCAACCAUCACCAGGACCAUCUCACACCAUACCUCAACCCUUACCUGGGCCAUCUCACGCCAUAUCUCAACCCUUACCUGGUCCAUCUCAAGCCCCCUCACAAGCAACUGAUGAAGAAGUUGACGAUUUCUACGAAGUUUUGGGCAUAACUUCAAAAGUCAUCAGGAAAUUCUCUGCCGAAGCAAUAACAUUGACUGCUAAAUUAAAAGAAAACCUAGACAAAGAAAAUCCCGAAGAUUACUUGAGAAAAGCUCUGGAUAAAUUAAUCAACGAAUUUGUUAUUAAAGAUUUGAAUCCUCGUGAUAGAGUUGGUUUAGUUAUGGGUACUGAUUCAGUUGAGAAACCUAUCUUCAUUUCAUACAGAGCACCAAGUCAAUUUUCAGCCGAUGUAAUUAUGAAUGAAUUUUCUAAUGUAAUUCAAAGCAACAAAUCAUUCUUGUCAGAUGAACCCUUUAAAAUAAAAGUAACUAGAGUUAGAAUGCCUGAUGGUGAAGGACGAAGGAGAAAAUUUGAUAAUUUACCCUAUGAACCAUUCUGCAAGAAAAAAACCUCGAUAAUAACGAUAGAUAAUCCUCAUGAUAAUUUAUGUUUACCAAGAGCACUAGUUGUGGGUCAAGCUCUGGUACAUAAGGAUGAUAGCAAGAAUUCUCAGAAUCAUUAUGAUCUCAUUAUUAAAAAAACUCGAGGAGAUUACCAGCUAUUGUGUGCUCAGAAAUUAUGUCGAAAAGCGAAGGUUGAUAUCAAUAUAAUUGGCGGUGGCAUUGAUGCCCUCACUAAAUUUCAAGAGCAUUUGAAAGAUUACAGAAUAGUUGUGUUUGAUGGGGCUGAUACUCAUGGUCGCAUUGUAUCCUUCAAAGGUGAUUCGACUUCAACGGUUUAUAUUUUCCUAUUCUAUCAUCGAGAACAUUAUAAUGUAAUCACUAGUUUGAAAGCAGCUUUUGGUUUUGAUUUUUUCUGCGACCUGUGCUGUGUGGGGUAUCAUCACAAAGGCGAGCAUAAGUGUGAAUACGCCUGCUAUCAAUGCUUAAAAUUACCUAAAUGUGAGGUAAAAUCAUUCAACGACAUGAUAAAAUGUGAUAAAUGUCACAGAGAUUUCUAUGAUCAAUUUUGCUAUGACAACCAUUUACAGCCUGGUCAUUUUGAAAGAAAUCUGAGUGUGUGCCAAGGUUUGAAAUAUUGCUACAAAUGCAGUAAAUUGUAUUCUCUUAGAUCACUAACUCAGAAGCAUGACUGUGAAUCUCAUGUCUGCUCAAAUUGUAAUAAGAGUGUACCUCAUGACCACGUCUGUUUUAUCAAAAGGAUCAAAAGAAAUACAAAAGCAAGUAAUGAUUUAUUCAUCUUCUUCGAUUUUGAGGCGAGAGUUGAAGAAGAGCCUUAUAUUGUAACUCCGAAAUAUACAGCGAGGCGUCAUAUUCCAAAUUACGCUGUUCUUCAAAUGAACUGCACCAAAUGUAUAAAUAACGAAAAUGAUGAUAUGUUGGUAGAUUGCGACUAUUGUGGCAAACGUCACUUCGUUAUUGAAAAUAAGGAAGGUGACGCUUUGCUACAUGAUUUCUUCACCAUCAUUAGAGAGAAAACACCGCCAUUUAUGAAGACAUAUGUAUAUGCUCAUAAUGGUGGUGGAUAUGACUACAUGUUUUUGAUAGAGUACAUGGUGCGGGAAAUAGAAUGGAUCCCAAAGCUGAUAAUGAAUGGGUCUAAACUGAUUUCUAUGAAGUACAAUAAUAUUGAAUUUAAAGAUAGUUUGAAUUUUUUCCAUACAAAGCUGGCAGCGUUACCAGAUAUGUUUGGAAUUGAAGAUGCUUCUAAAGGAUACUUUCCCCAUUUCUUCAAUACGCAGCAAAAUCAAAACUAUAUUGGGCCCAUUCCAGAGGAAAAAUACUAUGGUGUGAAUGAAAUGUUACCAAAGGAUUUGAAAAAAUUCCAGAAAUGGUAUAAUGAAGAAAAAUCAAAAAAUGUUGUAUUCAACUUUAGAGAAGAGAUGAGAAAGUAUUGCAUUGCAGAUGUAGAAGUUCUUCGAAAAGCAUGCGUUAAAUUUCGAAAACUCUUUUAUGAUUUAUUACAUUUGGAUCCUCUGGCUGCUACAUCAACAAUAGCAGGUGCUUGCAUGACUGCAUAUCGAAUGAAUUUUAUCCCCCAAGACACCAUAGCUCUAAUGACGUUCCCAUCUUACCGAAUGCGUGAUAACCAAUCGUUGCUAGCAGUACGAUAUUUAAUGUAUUUUGAAGAUGCAUAUGGUGUUGAGCUGCAGUCAGCAUAUCGGGGAUGGGAAAAACAAAUAGAUAAAUACAAGGUUGAUGCCUACCAUCCUGCUUUCCCAAUGGAUAGGCUGGGUCCAGUGUUAGAUGGUGAACCAAAUAUAAGACCUCUCAUAAUUGAAAUCAACGGGUGUUAUUAUCAUGGAUGCCCUAAAUGCUUUCCAAACCGGACUGCUACUGUGAAGUCAAAAAGUGCCAAAGAAUAUGUGAACAUGGACAUGAGGUAUAAAAAUACUAUGAAAAAAUUGCAACAUCUUCAGUCUCUAGUUAGUUUGCCUCAUAUAAUUUCAAAAUGGGAAUGCGAUAUUUAUGCUGAAUGUGCAGAGAACUCAUCACUUAAGCAAUAUAUGACCAAUGCCCAAAUACCCACACCAAUAUAUUCCAACAGAGAGCCAUUCUUUGGAGGCCGUACUGAAAACUUUUAUUGGUAUUAUAACGUUGAUCCAGAAAAAAAUGAAAAAAUCCGGUAUUUGGAUGUGAACUCUCUCUACCCCUACGUCAACAAAUAUGGCCGCUACCCAAUAGGUCAUCCAAAAAUUUUGCUUGGCAACGAUAUACCAUCUGAUCUGCGAAAUAUAACUGGAAUUGCCAAAGUUAGAUUAGUUCCUCCUAAAAAUUUAUAUAUUCCAGUACUUCCCAUUAAAGCAAAUGAUAAAUUAGUUUUUGCAUUAUGCCGUACAUGCGCUGUUGAAGAGAAUCAACAUUCAUGCACUCAUACAGAUGACCAACGUGAAAUAAUAGGCACAUAUACAUGUGUAGAAUUGAAUAAAGCUGUAGAAAAGGGUUAUAUAAUCAAAGAAUUUUACGAAUUAUGGUCUUAUGAGUCGACAAAGUAUAACAUUAGUACAAAUACAGGUGGUCUAUUUGCAAAUUAUAUAGAUACCUUUGUCAAAAUUAAGCAAGAAGCUUCAGGGUUCCCUCCAAAUGUCCAAUCUGAUGAGGAAAAGCAAAAAUUUAUCGACGAUCUCAAAGAACGUGAAGGGGUAGCUCUAGAUGUCGAGAAGAUUAUACCAAAUCCUGGGCUGAGAUCUCUCAGUAAACUAUGUUUGAAUAGUCUUUGGGGUAAAUUUGGACAGAGGAAUAAUCCGAAACAAGUUACAGUAAUAAAAGAUGAAUCCGAAUUCUUCAAGACCUUUUCUAAUCCAGCCAUUGAAAUUAAAGAUACUACAUUUGCCACAGAUGAUGUUGUGUACAUUCAUUGGGAGUAUCUGGAGGAAUCAACAAUUGAUACACCGUUUAUAAAUCCAGUGAUUAGUGCACAUGUCACAGCUGAAGCACGAUUAGUUUUAUACAGCUACCUUGAAAUUCUACAAGACAGAGUCCUAUACUGUGACACGGAUUCGAUAAUUUUUGUGGAACGGCCUGGAGAUAAAACAAUUGAAACAGGACCAUACCUUGGACAGAUGGGAGAUGAACUGGAAAAGGAAGGGGAGGAUGCCUACAUCACUGAAUUCAUUUCUGGAGGUCCGAAAAACUAUGCAUAUUGCAUCAAAACUGGCGAUGGUUCACUUAAACAUGUCGUGAAGAUAAGAGGGUUCACUCUAAAUUGCAAUACUUUGAAAAGCUUAAAUUAUGAGGCAAUGAAAAAUUUUAUUCUGGCUCAACCUAUUGAUCAUAUUAAUAAGGAUCAUAAAAUAAAAAUAAGGGAAGAAAAUAAAAUCAUGAGGAAGAGACCUUUUCAAGUGGUUACCCAGCCUAUGCCUAAAGAAUAUAAAGAAGUUGUCCCAAAAAGAAGACGUACAGAAUCUUACAGAAGUUUACCUUAUGGUUAUGCAGCUUGAAUGAAUUUGCUUAUGUAACUUGCCUCGGUGCACUACCAACAGAGAUUAUUAUGAAAAUUUUUGACCAUUCCCGUGAAAAAGAUAUUUACAAGAGGUUGGCUUAUGUCAACAAGAGGUUUCAAAAUAUUGCUAUCGAGAAGAUUUUCCAAAUCCGCCAUCCACCAAACCAACCCCAGUGGAAACACCGUCAAUAUCUGAACCACUACGCCUACUGGGAACGAAAUAUACACCGGAUGAAGGUAAUGCUGGACACAGAGCGCAUGGCGUGCGUGUGUAAGACUGAGCCAGGUAGAAGAAAAGAGAAACGUUAUAUACGCAAAUUCCACAUCGAAACCCAGUGGCACUCACCUUGGUUUUAACUAAUGAAAAAAAAACUGUAAUUUAUUAAUUUUUCUAUUUUUUUUCAUCUUUCAAGUUUGUUAAAUAGUUUCUUAUGUCUAUGAACCCUUGAUUUCUACAUGUAAUUUGUAUAUUUGAUUAAACACACUGAAAGAAAAUGUACUUGCCUCAUCAUUUUUUUUUGAAAAAAAACAAACAUACACAGAAGAUAUGAGAAAAAAUGUAUAUUUGAAAAAUCUGAGCACAAAAGAAGAGCAAUGGAAAAGUAAGUAUACAAUUAAAAAAAAUUAAACUAAAUUAGUUAUAUAUGUUGAAAAAAAAUAUGAAUACUUCUCAAAUUAACAUUUUGAUUAAAUGAGUAAAAAUUUUACACACAUCUUACAAUUAUGAUAUAAUAAUAAUAAUAAUAAUAAUAAUAAUAAUACUAUGGAAAUAAUAAUCCCUCAAAAAUUAAUUCUAUUUUCAAUACAUUAAAAAAAUCAAAAUCAAAAUCAACUAUUUACAAAUGUUCUGUAGAAGGGAUUUGUAAUUUCAUAACCUCAAUCAUGCUUGGGUCCAAACGUUUAAAGUUUAAAAUAAGAUCAUUUAUAAUA